AUGGCCACGGCCGACCCGGGGGUUUCUGGUCCUUCUCUGCACAAUCACGAUGCCAGUCAACAUCCUCCUCUGCAGGCCCAGCCCCCGGCCUCAGUGAGCAGUGAUCCUCCCGUCAACUACUCCACCGAUGCCCUCCUGCGACAGCAAGAAGACGAAGACGCAAUACCGUCAGCUGCGAAUUCGAGAGUGAACGGUGUGGGGGAGAGUGAGAAAGAGUUGCCAAAACUACAAGCGAUAGGAGAGAUAGAGAAUGGUGAUUCAUAUGAUCCAGUGAUUGAGGACGAUCCAGCCUCGUUCGACCUGGUGUCUGCGCCGGCUGCAGAACCAGGCGACACGUUCUCCCUAGAAGACCAAACCCAAGCCCUGUUUUCCAAGAGCCAUCUACAAGUCAUUUUCGCAGACCCAACAUUACUCCUCAAGUUUACCUCGUUCCUGGGUGCCCACAGGCCGCAAUCGGUGCCCAUCCUCGUCCACUACCUCGAUUCCCUCAAAUCCCUCCGAGCCAUUCACUAUGCCAAUGCGAUCUGCGAAGGGCUGGAUCCCGUUGAAGGACAUGACUUCACCCAGAAGCCGGUCAAACCUACAAUAAAUCUGGCGUUGGAAGACAGGGCACGUCGGGCUUUUGAUGUGCUGGUGACGGAGGAACUACCGGCCUUCAUCACGCACCAGUACAUUCAGAUCGUUAGUGCCAGUAUUACAGCGAGGAUCACGGGGGCUUUGUCGCCGCAUCUAAGGGACGCUUCGGAUGGGCUUGCGGAAGUCUUCUGUUUGACAGAUCCCUCGCGGUCAGAUAAUCCCAUCGUCUUCGCCUCGGAUGAAUUCAACCGGACGACGCAAUACGGCAUAGGAUACGUCCUGGGUCGAAAUUGCAGAUUCCUCCAGGGGCCUAUGACCAAUCCGCACAGUGUUCGCAGACUACGUGAAGCAGUCAAAGCGGGCAGGCAGCAUCAGGAAGUCUUGUUGAAUUAUCGUCGCGAUGGUUCACCAUUCGUGAACUUGCUCAUGGUUGCACCGCUAGCCGACAGUCGUGGGGUGAUCCGCUAUCACAUUGGAGCACAGGUGGACGUCAGCGGACUGGUCAAGACUUGCUCGGGCAUGGACUCAUUACAGAAACUAAUGGACUUGCGAGCUCGAAACGAAGACCCCCCGGCGCCAGAGCAGCCAAACCCUGAAAAGAACGACGAGCUUCGAGAAUUGAGCGAGAUGUUAAACCAGGGCGAGUUGAACAUCAUCAGGCGCCAUGGCGGGAAGAUGCAUCGUGAAGUCGCCGAAGAGGACAUUGAAAGUGUCAGCUCGCACCAGCCUCGGCUUGUACCACAGGACCCCAACACAACGACACCUCUAGCUGGGAGUGUGAAUGGCCGGCUCAGUGGUGUGUACCAAAAUUAUCUGCUCGUCAGACCGUACCCUUCGCUUCGAAUCGUUUUUGCUAGCCCUGCCCAACGUUUACCGGGUGUCUUGCAAUCUCCCUUUCUUAACAAGAUCGGAGGUUCGAAUCGCGUUCGUGAAGAGCUUACACUCGCGUUUGCGGAAGGUCGAGGAGUGACCGCGAAAGUGCGGUGGAUCAGUCGUGGUGACGAACACGGUAAAAACAAAUGGAUUCAUUGCACGCCCCUUGUUGGUCAUCAGAAUCAGAUUGGGGUGUGGAUGGUGGUGAUCGUCGACGACGACCAGAGCAACGCUGAGAAGUGGCCAGCAGGCGCUGGGCGUCGACCACCAACUGUAGCAACCCCUGAGAAAGACUUAAAGUUGCCUGCGAACGGACAGAGAAUAUUCAGUUCGUCGGAAAAUGGGCAAACCCUCCAUUAUGAGGCCAAUGGCGGCGGAAGUGUUGGAAGUGGUAGUUUCACGAGCCUGAGGAUUGGAUAA